CGGACGCGGGGCGAAAGAGGCGGGACAAAUUGCCGCGGGUUCAGUGCCGCCACUGGAACCAGGAGAUGCGGCGCAGGAGCUGUCGCUGUGUUGGCUUUUACCUGAAUCUCGUCUCCUGUGGCGGUUUCUGCUGCGGCUUCGGUCAUGUUGUUACCGUCGGACAUAGCGCGACUAGUACUGGGUUACUUACAACAGGAAAACCUCACUUCUACCUGCCAAACUUUUAUUUUGGAAAGUUCAAAUUUAAAAGAAUACGCGGAACAUUGUACAGAUGAAGGUUUUAUUCCAGCCUGCUUACUGUCCUUGUUUGGAAAAAACCUGACAACAAUUCUGAAUGAGUAUGUAGCUAUGAAAGCAAAAGAAACAUCAAAUGAUGUCCCAGCGAUUAUGUCAUCUCUAUGGAAGAAGUUAGACCAUACACUUUCUCAGAUCAGGAGCAUGCAAAGUUCCCCAGGCUUUGUUGCUAAUCAGAGAGUCCGAACAAGAAGUGGAAUUGCAGAAAUCAAACGACAGAGAAGGCUUGCCGCUCAAGCAGCGCCUGUCAGUUCAGACUUGCUGACUUUAGCGUAUCUUUCAGGACAGUGUACUACUCCUCCUCCUCCUCCACCUCCUCCCCCAGCAGCUACACAGGUUAUGAGGCCGGCUGGCCAGAUUUCAGCUCCUUUGAGAUCAAAUUUUAUAGUGGUCAACCAUUCACAGCCACAAGACACUGCCGCCACUGGAGAGGCUUUAAAUAUCAUUCCUGGUCCUCAGGAAAAGAAAACUCAGACCACAGUAAUGUCUCCUGCUAGACGCAAAAGUGAAUCUCAAAGGAAAAGUAACACUUUGUCUGGGCCUCAUUCAACGAUACGGAAUUUCCAGGAUCCAAAUGCAUUUGCAGUAGAAAAACAAAUGGUUAUUGAAAAUGCACGAGAAAAAAUAUUAAGUAACAAGUCUCUUCAAGAAAAGCUUGCGGAAAACAUUAAUAAAUUUUUGACUAGCGACAACAGUAUUGCACAAAUACCUAAGCAAACAGAGAGCAACCCUACGGAACCAGAGACUUCAAUUGAUGAACUCCUGGGACUUCAGAGUGAGAUCCAUAUGUCUGAGGAAGCUAUACAGGAUAUAUUGGAACAAACAGAAUCAGAUCCAGCAUUUCAGGCACUCUUUGAUCUCUUUGACUAUGGUAAAUCAAAGAAUAAUAAAAAUAUGUCACAAGGCAUUUCCAGUCAGCAUCUGGAAACCAAUACCGGUGUAGUCUUAGCAGAUGGAACUAAUCUAGCAGUUAAAGGUUCUUUUGAAACAGAACAGUCUGAUGAUCAGUCUGGGCAGCCCCCAUUUUGUGCAUCCUAUCAAAAUGAAGACACCUCAAAUGCUUUGAAGAAUAGCAGCAACCAUGAGGAGCUUGGACAGGAAGCCCAGGAACACUUUCCUCAGAUAGGCUCUAGCAUCCAGAAAAAGGCAUUUAAAACAGUUGUACCUAAUGGACAGAAGUGUAACCUUGAUAUUACUUUUGAGUCUGUGCCUCAUUUGAAUGACUUUAACCAAAGAGUAAAUGCUGAUGCUGAAUGUAAUCAGCGUUGUGCUGAAUUGUACGCCCAUCAGAUGCCCACCGACACCGCCAUGACGAUGGAGGUUGGAAAGACUUCUCUGCUGUCCAACACACCGCAGGAACCUCCCUUGCAGCCUGAUCCGGCCGCUCUACCAAUGACGUCAUUUGUUUCCCUUGGUGGUGAAACUAACGGUGAAAACUUAAUUCUCUCUGGGAAGAGUUCUCAGCUUUUAUCCCAGACUAUUCCAUUAACUGGAAAGACAUCUAAAACAAGUCAGUUUUGUGAAAGCUCUAACAACACAGCAAGACUUAAAACUACUACUCUCCCUGGUUCUAAGUCAGACCCUAGAGAAAUGCACCAGAAUAAAACUGAGGUUCACGGUGGAUUGCCAGUUGCCUCACAACGUGCAGACUGCCAAGAUAAUUCUUCAUUUCCAAGUAAAAUACUACCUGUGUCAGUUGAAAGUUCAGGUUUAAACGUCUCCGAACAAGUAGACAUUCGUCUUGAAGAUUCAGUGUCUUCAGUUAAACAGCCAUCUGAGGAUUCAUCGGCACCUGAGUUAAGUCGUACGGAAAAACAUGAAAGUCAGCCCUCCACGUCUGAGAAAGUCGCUGUCGAUUCACAAGAGCCUGCGUCUUUAAAAGGAGAUGGAAAUAGUAUUUUUCUCACUUUAGGGGAAGCUGGUAACUGUGGGGAGGUUGCACUGAUGGCUCCAGAAGGUCAUCCUCUGGAAGAGAAGCAGUCUCUUCCUUCAGAAUCUGUGUGUUCUUCAGUGGGAGAUUCUCCCCCCGAGUCCCAAAAGACUAGUGAAAAACCUGCAGUGGACACUUCAGCAGACAUAGAUGCAUCAAAUAUUGUCUCUCUCAAAAUUAUCAUUAGUGACGAUCCAUUUGUUUCCUCGGAUACUGAACUGAACAGUGCUGUUUCCAGUAUCAGUGGGGAAAACUUGCCGACUAUAAUACUGUCCUCUCCUGCCAAGUCUCCUGCCAAAGAUGCAGAAUUAGUUAAAUGCCUGUCUUCAGAAGAGACUACAGGUGCUGUCCCAUCUGCUGACAGACUAGGGGAUUCCGCACCAGGGGAACAGAGCCUUCUGGCCCUCAAACCCGAGGACUCUGCCGGAAACGGCGCUCAGAAUGAAGGCAGCGGCGCUUUCUCAUCCACCGUCACACCGUGUGUCUCCAAGGAUGGGGGGUACAUACAGUUGAUGCCAGCUACGAGCACGACUUUUGGCAAUUCAAAUAACAUUCUCAUAGCUACGUGCGUGACCGAUCCAACAGCCUUAGGAACAGCUGGAAGUCAGUCUAAUGUGGUGGUGUUGCCUGGAAAUUCUGCCCCCGUGACCGCUCCACCACCCCUGCCCCAGUUACAGACACCCCCGAGGUCAAACAGUGUGUUUGCUGUCAACCACACUGUGUCACCCAGCUUUUCACAAGGAUCUGCCAUCAUAAUUGCUUCUCCCGUCCAACCUGUGCUCCAAGGAAUGGUGGGAAUGAUCCCUGUGUCUGUGGUUGGACAGAAUGGAAAUACCUUUUCUGCUCCUCCUCAGCAGCUCCUUCAUAUGCCUUUGGCAGCACCUGUAUGCAAUAGAAGUAUCCCUCAAAUUCCCAUCCCUCCAAAAUCUCAGAAGACUCAGGGACUAAGAAACAAGCUUGGUACAGGAAAGCAGGUAAAUAAUUUGGUGGAUUCAUCUAGUCAUUUAGUUGGAUGUCAUGCACAAAGAACUGAAGUGUCUGACAAGAGUAUGGCCACAGAUCUUGGGAAAAAACUGGAAGAAAUGACAGUCCCCUUCUCAUUAGAGAGCGUAGUUCCAGCUAGCAGACCAUUCGAAAGCCACCGACGUGUGCUCUGUUUUGAUAGCACUGCUUGUCCUGUGGCGGAUUCGCGGGGCACAGACCAUAAGAUGGUGUCCCAGAACAAAGAAAGGAAUGACAUUGCAUUUCCUAAUCUUGAGUCACCCAUUGUGUCCUCCGCCUUAAAACCCCCUUCUAAUAAUGCUCUCAAAAGGGAGAGAGAGAGACCUCCUUUGCCUAAGAUUUUAUCUAAAUCAGAAACUGCCAGUAGCCGACAGACCACCAUAAAAGAAACUCAGUCAGAAAAGAAAGUUUCACCAACAGAAACUGUACUUGAAUCUUUCCAUAAAGCAACAGCUAAUAAGGAGAAUGAAUUAUGCAGUGAUGUCGAAAGGCAGAAAAAUCCAGAAACUUCAAAACUGUCAAACGGACAGCAAAAUGGGGGUUUACGGAAUGAGAAAACCAUAGCUUCACUGCAAGAACUAACCAAAAAACAAGGCACAUCCUCAAAUAGUAAAAAUGUCAUUUCAGUAGGUGCAACUGUGAAGGAUCCAAAACAAGAACAAACGAAAUGUGCCAGUUCUCUGAUUAACCCACUAACCAAACAUGCCACCGAAGUGUUGCCGGAUGGCCAGUGGCCUAGCCCCAUAAAUAGGCUCCCCGAUAGUUCUGAUGCACCUGUCCCCCGGACAUCUGGCUCAGGGACAGGGGACAAACAUAAAGAAGAGCCUAGAGACGGUAUCAAGGUCCCCUCUAGUAGGCGUUUUGGUGAAGACAGUAGCACAGCCAAGGUAAUGGUCCCUCCUGUCACCCCAGACUUGCCUGCCUGUAGCCCUACCAGUGAGACAGGGAGCGAGAACAGUGUAAGCAUGGCUGCCCACACCCUCAUGAUUCUCUCCAGAGCAGCCAUCUCCAGGACAGCCUCGACGACUCCUCUCAAAGACAAUACCCAGCAGUUCCGAGCAUCUUCCCGGAGCACCACAAAAAAGCGGAAAAUUGAGGAAUUAGAUGAACGUGAACGCACCUCUCGUGCUUCUAAUAAAAAUCUUGCAAAUUCAUCACUCCCAAUGAAAAAGAAGAAAAUAAAGAAAAAGAAGCUACCCAGUUCAUUUCCAGCUGGAAUGGAUGUGGACAAAUUUUUGUUAUCAUUGCAUUAUGAUGAGUAAACAUUCUGAACAUAAAAGAACAGUAGCUAUUUAAAACUCGUAUCCCUUAAACUAUGAGUGUAGGGAGUGAGAUACUGACAGAACCUAAAAGCAUGACCUGCACUUUCCUUGUACUGAAACUUCACUUUAUAUCUGAAUCAUGCUGUUUCUGAAGCAGCUUCCUAGUUUGUAAAUAGAUUUACCUAGUAUAUUUUUUAUUUUGGGAAAAACAUUUGCAGAAAUGUAAGUAAAGCCAAUCUGCAAAACUGUAUAGCUCUGACAAUUACGUAUUGUAAAUAUUGUAUAAAUCUUGUUGAAAUAGAAGUUAAAUCAACUUAGUGUUCUUACAUUGUGUUUUUUGACUUGUGAUCCCUAACUGAGGCUUAUUCAUCUGGAGUAGUUUCUCACUUUUGGGGGGGGGGGAUAAUGCUUUUCCUUAUAAAAUUGCCUUCAGUAACUGUCAUACAAGACAUUUAAAGUCGGCCACAAAGUAGUACAAAGGUGAUGACAACCUCAAUUGGUGGUGGAGCGAUCAGAAAUGAACAGUUUAGGGUUUUGCUAGAGUGAAUACUUUAUUACCCCUUCUUAUAAUUGCAGUAAAGAUUAUAUUCCUGAAAUUUUACACUUUAAAGUGUUUCUCCUGGUCGUUCUGGUCUCUUUGUUCUAAAGAGAGAAUUUUGUAAACCAUAUCUGAGUGUUCUGAUCUUUUGUUUAUAACUUUCAGGAUCUUUUACAGAACUUUAAAUGUUUAGACUAUUGAGCCAUACAAAGUUUAUGUAGUAGUUGAGAUUUCUUGGUAUGUAUAUACUUUUUCCCAUAUACUGGGGAUUUGAAGAAUUGCACUAAUUCAUAGAACUUCAUACAUAGUAGUGACCAGUGCACAUUUAAUUUAAAUCUUGGAUUCUAUGUUAAAGCUUGUAUGGAGGAUUAUCUUCUGGUAUCCUUUUAGAAAGCCAUGUCCAUCAUAAGAUGUAAAAAGAGAAAUCAUAGUUUUAUAUUUUAAUUUAGUUUCUCCUAAAAUGGGCUGUGUUAAAUAACUAUAUCUGUACUUAGAUAUAGUGCAUUGUCUCUGUGCCCCCUAAGGUGUUAUAAAGAAUUACUCUCAAAAAGUCCUUAAGGAGAAUGAAAGAGGUGCCUUCUCUGUAUCAACUCACACACAUCAGUAAAGUUGAAAAAUUGGUUUAAACUUUUAAAUGAGAAGAGAAAUUAUCAUUAAUAUCUGACCGAUUGUGCCUAGAUUAAAGUAUAUUCUCUUAAGUGCUUUCUGUUUGGUCGAAUAUCAGUAUUAUCAAGGAUUUUUUUCUACAGGUGUAUAUGUUGUUAAAGGGUCAUUUUCCUCAGCCUU